CGACCUAACCUAAUUUGAAUUUCAUCUGAAGCCGUUGGGGAACCAUUGAAGGGUUUUUUUUUUCCACGGGGUGAUGAUGUUAGACUUGUGUUUUAGAAAGGUCAUUCUGGCAACUGUGUGGAGAAUGGACUUAAGAGGCGCAAGCUGGAGGCGGGGAAAGCGAUUAGGAAGUUAUUGUCCUAGUCCAGAGGAGCGGUGACGAAGCCUUCAAUCAAGGGAGUCCGUGUGGAGAGGGACGGACAGAAUCGAGACAUUUAGGAGGGAUGUGCCGUGGCACCUGGUAUGAGGUGAGGCAGAGGAAAGCGUCUGGGGUGAAUGCCCGAAUGAAAUGAGGGUGAGGAAGGAGCGGCGUCGGUGGGCAGAAGGAUUAAGGAAAUGAAGCUGAUGAUGCCCACGUCACAGCAGUCCCGGCAGCUUCGUGAGCCGGAGCCACAGCUUUUAUGGACUCAGCUAGUCUCAAGUAUUGGGACCCAGACCCGCUUCAGCCAGGAGCCAGCUGACCAGACUGUGGUGGCGGGACAGCGGGCCGUGCUCCCCUGUGUGCUGCUCAACUACUCGGGAAUCGUGCAAUGGACCAAGGACGGGCUGGCGCUGGGCAUGGGCCAGGGACUCAAAGCCUGGCCGCGGUACCGGGUCAUGGGCUCUGCAGACGCCGGGCAGUACAACCUGGAGAUCACAGACGCGGAGCUCUCUGACGAUGCCUCUUACGAAUGUCAGGCCACGGAGGCUGCCCUGCGCUCCCGGAGGGCAAAACUCACCGUGCUCAUCCCCCCGGAAGACACCAAGAUUGAUGGAGGUCCUGUGCUCCUGCUGCAGGCAGGCACCCCCCACAACCUCACGUGCCGAGCCUUCAAUGCCAAGCCUGCUGCCACCAUCAUCUGGUUCCGGGAUGGGACACAGCAGGAGGGCGCUGUGGCCAGCACGGAACUGCUGAAAGAUGGGAAGAGGGAGACCACCAUCAGCCAGCUGCUCAUCAACCCCACAGACCUGGACAUCGGGCGCGUCUUCACCUGCCGGAGCAUGAACGAGGCCAUCCCAAAUGGCAAGGAGACUUCCAUCGAACUCGACGUGCACCACCCUCCUACGGUGACCCUGUCCAUUGAGCCGCAGACUGUGCAGGAGGGUGAGCGUGUUGUCUUUACAUGCCAGGCCACGGCCAACCCUGAGAUCCUGGGCUACAGGUGGGCCAAAGGGGGCUUCUUGAUUGAAGAUGCCCAUGAGAGUCGCUAUGAGACAAAUGUCGACUAUUCCUUCUUCACGGAGCCUGUGUCCUGUGAGGUUCACAACAAAGUGGGCAGCACCAAUGUCAGCACUUUAGUAAAUGUCCACUUUGCGCCCCGGAUUGUAGUUGACCCCAAACCCACGACCACAGACAUUGGCUCUGAUGUGACCCUCACCUGUGUCUGGGUUGGGAAUCCCCCCCUCACCCUUACCUGGACCAAAAAGGACUCGAAUAUGGGGCCCAGGUCUCCUGGCUCCCCACCCGAGGCUGCUCUCUCUGCCCAGGUCCUGAGUAACAGUAACCAGCUGCUGUUGAAGUCUGUGACGCAGGCAGAUGCCGGCACCUACACCUGCCGGGCCAUCGUGCCUCGGAUCGGAGUGGCUGAGCGGGAUGUGCCACUUUAUGUCAACGGGCCCCCCAUUAUCUCCAGCGAGGCAGUGCAAUAUGCCGUGAGGGGUGACGGUGGCAAGGUGGAGUGUUUCAUUGGCAGCACACCGCCCCCAGACCGCAUUGCAUGGGCAUGGAAAGAGAACUUCCUGGAGGUGGGGACUCUGGAACGCUAUACGGUGGAGAGGACCAACUCAGGCAGUGGGGUGCUAUCUACGCUCACCAUCAACAACGUCAUGGAGGCCGACUUUCAGACCCACUACAACUGCACUGCCUGGAACAGCUUUGGGCCAGGCACGGCCAUCAUCCAGCUGGAAGAGCGAGAAGUGUUACCUGUGGGCAUCAUCGCCGGGGCCACCAUCGGCGCGGGCAUCCUGCUCUCCUUCUUCUUCAUCGCCUUGGUGUUCUUCCUCUACCGGCGCCGCAAAGGCAGUCGCAAAGACGUGACUCUGAGGAAACUGGACAUCAAGGUGGAGACAGUGAACCGCGAGCCACUCACAGUACAUUCUGAAAGGGAGGACGAUACCUCCAGCAUCUCCACAGCAACCCGGGUCAUGAAAGCCAUCUACUCGUCCUUUAAGGAUGAUGUGGACCUGAAGCAGGACCUGCGUUGUGACACCAUCGACACCCGGGAGGAAUAUGAGAUGAAGGAUCCCACCAAUGGCUACUACAAUGUGCGUGCCCACGAAGACCGCCCAUCUUCCAGGGCAGUACUCUAUGCUGAUUACCGUGCCCCUGGUCCUGCCCGCUUCGAUGGCCGCCCCUCUUCCCGUCUCUCUCACUCCAGCGGCUAUGCCCAGCUGAACACCUACAGCCGGGCCGCAGCUUCCGACUAUGGCCCUGAGCCCACAGCCCCUGGCCCUGCUACCACAGCUGGCACCGACACAACCAGCCAGCUAUCCUACGAGAACUAUGAGAAGUUCAGUUCCCAUCCCUUCCCCGGGGCAGCGGGGUACCCCACCUACCGACUGGGCUACCCCCAGGCCCCGCCCUCUGGCCUGGAGCGGACCCCAUUCGAGGCGUAUGACCCCAUUGGCAAGUACACCACUGCCACUCGGUUCUCCUAUACGUCCCAGCACUCAGACUAUGGCCAGCGAUUCCAGCAGCGCAUGCAGACGCACGUGUAGGAGCCAGAACCUAGCUGGGGCAUCUCUGCGGGGCAGAGGAGAAACUGUUCCCUGACAUUCAGGGGCGUUGCUCAUUGCUCCUGUCCCCAACCAGCCUUCCUCCUCCCGCCGUGGCAGGUGGGGAGCCGGUCUCCUGGAAACACCCCACCUGAGGAUGGUGCUCUGUGCAUGCCCCAGCCUCCUGGGCCUGCCCUUCCCUCUUCUUCAGGAGGAUGUGUCUCUUCUGACCUGUGCUCACACCUGGCACCAGCAUGAGGACAGGAAAGUGAAGGUUGUGGAGAGCAGAGGGGGCACUUUUUAACAUUCCCUUUUUAUUCCACCCCUCUGGUCUUCCAUAAACGUGGAGAUGAGCAGGCUUUGGCCUAGGGGACAUGAAGUAUUGGGGUGAGUGGCUCUGGCACAUGUAGGUGGAAACAGGAUGGCCUGGCCAGUCCCUUUGUCAUCUUCAUUCAUACCCUGAUGCAUCACUCCUUCCUCAGGACUGCAGAAGGGACCUUGGAUUUGUUUUAUGUCUGUCUACAGAAUAGCCCUGGCACUGAGUUCAAGUCCAGUCAUCACUCAGCUGAGAUGAAAAUGCCAGUCAUCCAGGCUGCCCACUGCGGACACCUGUCUGUAAGCCUGCAGAGGGGUCCAGAUGUCUCCAGUGGCGCUGCCCCUUUCCGUCUCCUCCACGGUGGGCUAGCCAGACAAGUCAGGGGGUUGUGAUGGAGAAAGGAAAAGUCAGAACCAUGAUGUCCUGAUUCACCAGCAAGACAGCUAUGUGCUACCUAGCAGUUUCCAGAACCCACACUAGGGGGAGUCCACCCAAGCCCCCUUUCCAAUCUGCCCCACUUCCUUGCUUGAAUUCUUGAGCCUGCCUGGAGAGUUGGGUGAGUGUAGGUGUGCGAUAGGAUAUUUUUUAAAGACAAAAAAAGAAAAAAGAAAACCUCAGUUGGAAAAAAUAAUAAUAAUAAAAUCAUAGGGAUUCUCCCACCCAAAUACAAGUCCCAGUGAAAAGGGGCAUCUGUUCUCCACCAGAUUCCUAACACCUUCCAUUACUCUUUCAAUCUCCAAGCACUUUGAAUCCAUUUUUAAACAUUCAGGUGGUGAGACCUGUCUUGCAGGUGGGCUCUGACAGACUUAGGGAGAGGACCUGGCUCUCAGACCCCCUGUCCAACCCCAGAGCCCACAGCUGGUUAGAGGCCACCUUCCAGGGGGUGUGGGAGAUGUUCUCCUUAGACAGGUUUUGGUUGAUUGUCUUUUUUUCUUAGAUCAAUCAUAUUACCGCUUCCACUUUCAGUGCCUUGAGCUUUGGUUGAACUGCUAUGUGUGGGCAGCUGUGCAGGGAGCAAGUAUUGUGAGCCCCAGACAUGCUGUCAAGUGUUUCAGAGUUUAGGGGACAGGCAGGUGAGGGGACCUGGAAAGGAAGGGGGCCUGGUAAGAGGAAGGGCAGACCGGGUAAGGUGGUGCAGAGGGCACUGCAUUCUGCCGAGGCCCGUGCUGCCACCGCCCCCCCACCCCACCCCCACACACACACCUGUGCACCCACACAUUCCACAUGGCCCAUUUUAGACACCACCUGCUGACCAAAGAGAACCAGCACUCCAAAGAGAACCCGUACCCCUGCCUGGCCUCCCCUUUCCAACAAGCAGGGUCUGGAGUGCGCUCCUGACUCACUCAGCCCAGACAGGGUGGUCGGUCCUCCCGUGCAAUGCCCAGAAUGCGCAACGCCCUUUCUUGCAAUCACCAUUCAUUAUUCAUGUUCGCUUUAAUGAGUUACAUGCUCAUCAGCCACGGGCCAUCACCGCCCUUGCGGAUGGGUCUGUGGGGUGACAUUCUCUGCCAUCUCCCUGCUGAUAGGAAUCAGCUAAUGCCCAGGAAGAAAGCGCCAGUGUCUGCAUCCUCCAUUUCAGCAGGGGCAAGCCAGGUGGACCGACCCUUCCUGAGAGAUGAUCCAGGCAGGCUCCCAGCCAUAUUUCACCCCCGGAAGCUGACACCUUUCUGCGCAGUCCUUUUAUGUGAGCUCAGUAAGUCCAGUUCAGGACGUGGGUUCUCUGCAGACAAAUUCAUGAAUACUUUGAUUAUUUUCACAGAAACCAGGAGCCAUUGGUAAUCCAAACAGUUAAACUCUAAAGAUGGUGGUUCUUUAAACAGGAAUAUUUUUAAAAAAACAAAAAAAAAACUUCUUAUUGUUUGAGGUUUGGCCAGAUUCUCAUAUUUCCUCCUUUUUUUGGUGUAAGUGCUGGACCCAUUCUGCUAAAAUGAUGCAGAGGUGGGGGCCCAAGGUCAUUAGGUAACUCAGCUAACGCUGCAGGGAUUGUUAGUGUCGUGAAGCCUGAUACAGAGCUACUUCACUGUUCUCUGUUAGUUAACACAUUAACUGGGGCCUCCUGGAUACCAAGCAAGCGGUGCUGUGCAAGACAUAGGGAGACAUCAGCCACCAAGGCCAUCUCUGUCCGCUGCAACUGGCACUCUGGUUUGAUUCGAAUCUGAAUUGGGACCUGCCUAUUAGGCCAAAUGGAACCACUUUUCUGGGGAAUGGGAAGGUACCCUUUGGCACAGAGCUUUGUUGUCUAAGCUAGAGGCCUCCAGUAGGGUGUCUCUACUUGAUGUGGUCACCUUGGUGGUCCUGACCACCUUUGACUGUCUUAUUUUGGUCAAGGGGCUAGGAGUCAGGAGACCUGGGACCCCAUUCUGAAGCUGUCCUUUACUGAGUGACAGCCUAACCUCUUCAUUAUCCCUGACUUUCUGGUUUAAAAUGAGAGAGAAGGGUUGCACAAACCUAGAAUUGAUCUGCUCUUCCUGUAUUUAUUUGGUGAGGUGGAGGCGUCUGGCCAUCCUUUGCAAGGAGCUGGGAACUGUAAGCUGAGGGGUGGAGGAGUUGAAAGUUCUUUUGAAAGGAGCUUUCACCACUGGCUUCCUUAUCUUGUCAGAAGUAUUAUGAAUGAAUUUUUAUUAGGAACCCCUUGACCCCAAACAGCAACAAAAAGCAUACCCUAAAACUUCAGUAAAAUGGAUGUGGGGUUAUCCUUUGGCCAUUGGAUAACUGUACUCCCCACUUAGAAUUCUGACAGUUUUGCAAAGGUGUCUUUGGCCAGUGCAGGGCAUAGUAACUCCUUCACUGUGUAUCCAGGUUUCAGCCAACUUCCUCUGUGGGGAGAAAUGGGUGUAACCACCGGCCACCCAAGUCUUCAGGAGCAUUUUCCUGGCCCAGGGAUCACUUACAAGGUGAAGACUGCAGACUAAGGUGUCUUGAGCCAGAGGGCAAGGUGUGAGUGCAGCUGACCCCUUUGCGAAGGAGCAAGUAGGAAAGGCAGCUGGUAGAGGGAAGAUUGUCCCCUGCAGUUCUGACAUAAAUUCUGGAUCUUGAAGAGGGUCUUGUGAUUCUGGGUGAGCCAUUGUUUAUUUCUUUGAAGUGCACAUUCCCAGGGAUGUAAUUGAAAAGGCAUUUAUUUUUUUGAAGAGGCUAUAAAAUGAUCAUUUAAAUAUGUCAUUCCCUUCUCUCUCCUCCUCUCCGGGAGGCCAACCUCUUUCUAAAAGUCCUCACCUUUAUCAGCUUGGUCCUGAGGUCCACUUCUGGACUGGUAGAGAGGACAGAAAGAUGUGUGGCUUGGGAGAUGGUGGGAAGGGCAGAAUUCCAUUUUCUUGCAUCACUGUGAGGGAACUCCAGGCCCUGUUCCUGGAGAAAUAUUUGCUGCGCAGAAGUCACAGGCCAUACUGGACAGUUCUGGUACGAGCCAGCCCUUAAUAAUAAUAACUCCAUUUGUAUAUAGAUUUCACUCAUUCCUACCAGUCUUCUGCUCCCACUGCUGGCUUUCUGAUGGUCCCAACCAGUGGCCUUGUCAAGUGUUGGUGGGCCAUGUGCUCGUCUGUUAGCUUCUGGAGAUCUUCAGAUGUUGCCUCUGGGAACACCCCUAACUCUGGGGAGAGAGCUACCAAGCUGCCAAAACAAUCAAAAUCUCCACACAAUCUUGUUAGCAAUA